CUAAGAAAAUUGAGCCUCUACUAGCUCGAGAAAAAUGAGCCAUUAAAAAGCUCAAGCACGAGCCGUAGGAGUCCACUCCUGUAGGGCGCGUGCAUUGACAGAAUUAUUUGCCAACCCCAAAAUUCAAGCUCUCGAUCCGUUUUAUUAAAAAAGAAAAAAAGAAAAAAGGGAAUCUCAAUCCGUUUUCGCAUCUAUAUAUAAUUUCAUUUCUGUUGCCUUAGCUUUAUUUUUUAACGUUUUCUCCCCAUUUUCGUUAAACAACCGAGAAGCAAAAAAAGAAAAAGGGAAAAAAUGCCUUGGUCUCUCACGGUCCCCUCCUCUCCAAUUUUCUGCAAACCGGAUGGCUCAUCUUUCCCUUCAUCUCCUCACAUCAGCGGUUCUCAUUCGCCCAAGUCUCCGUCAUCCCUUCCGUUAUCCUCUCCGAGUUCACCUCUUCCACUUUCAUCAACCUCCGUUAUGACACCGCAGUCUCCAUCAUCAUCGUCAUCGUUGAAAUCUCCGUGGUCCCUUUGCAUCCGGAAGCCGCCACAGUUUUCUUUGGGAACCGAUGCUGCGGCGCCGGCUUCGGUGCCCAAGAGGAAGAAGCCACCUAAGAUAGAGAUACCGACUCCGGUGGCGGUUAAGCUGGGGUUUGCGGCGGUGACGCCCAGAGGAGAGGAGGAGGUUCAGGUUGAUGGCGAAGGAUAUUCUGUUUAUUGUAAGAGAGGGAGAAGAGGUAAAAUGGAAGACCGUUACUCUGUCUCUAUUGAUCUUAAAGGAGAUUCUAAACAGGCUUUCUUUGGUGUUUUUGAUGGGCAUGGGGGUUCUAAAGCAGCUGAAUUCGUGGCAGGCAAUUUAGAUAAGGUCGCAAUGGCGGAGGUAUCGAAAAGAUGUGGAGAUGCAAUUGAAGAAGCCAUUAAAGAGGCAUACUUAACCACGGACAUGGAUUUUCUCAAGGAAGAUGUGGGUGGUGGUACCUGUUGUGUUACGGCAAUGAUUCACGAAGGUGAUCUUGUUGUAUCAAAUGCCGGUGAUUGCCGUGCUGUUUUGAGCCGAAACGGUGUCGCAGAGGCCUUGACUUCUGAUCACCAGGUUUCGAGGCAAGAUGAGAGAGCUAGAAUUGAAGCUUUGGGUGGUUAUGUUGAUUUUUGCCAUGGUGUUUGGAGAAUUCAAGGUUCUCUUGCUGUUUCUAGAGCAAUCGGAAAUAAACAUCUUAAACAAUGGGUAAUUGCAGAACCGGAGACAAAAUCGUUAAAGAUUCGGCCGGAGUGUGAGUUUUUGAUCCUGGCCUCAGAUGGUCUUUGGAACAAGGUUACUAAUCAAGAGGCUGUCGAUUUAGUUCGGCCUUUCUGCGUAGAUAUUGAUAAGCCUGAGCCGUUUUCUGCUUGCAAAAAACUUGCUGAGCUAUCGUCAUGGAAAGGCUCAUUUGAUGACAUCAGUGUGAUGAUAAUUCAACUAGAACGGUUUGUUUCUAGACCUGUUUAGGAUGAUAAUUGUUUAGGCGCGAUCCGUGAAAACUUUUGCUCCACCUGCAAGUCUUUGAAUCUGAAUUUUAAAACUUGCAGCUGUUGAGCUUGAAGAUCGCUUCGGCCACGGAGACUUGCAAAAUUUGCUGCACCCAUUAUCCUUCAGAAAAUGGCCAUUGGAUAUGGUAAUGGGCCGCAGCCUGCAGCUUCAAUGUUGGCGGGGUUAAUGGUUUUGACAUUUUCAUCAAACUGAUCAUUUCCCCGUGCCAACAUGUUUGCUCAUGAUCUCGAGCUGCUUGUAUUUGAGGGCCAAUGGAUUCCCACCACCGUGAAAUCGGGACGACUUUUUGUGGUUUUGCCUUACCAGAUGAAUGAAAUUGGGGCGGCAGUCUGCAAUUUUGCCUUUUAUCAGAAGAAUGACUGAUUAAGGAUCCUCGAGUAGUUUAAGCAUGAAUCAUUUUCACCCUCUGAUCUGGUGACAGCUAUUGAAGACAAAACUGGAGCACUUAUGAUCGACCCUACAAGUUGACAUUAACCUGCUUUUAUUUUACGCCAUUUUUGGGUGGGUCAAGUUUAGCAGCUGGCUUGGCUCUUUUCCAUUAAUAUGGAUGUAGGGUGGCUCAAAUGAUGGUUAUUUUUUAAUAAUGAUGUUAUUUAAAAGUAUUCAUGUGGUCUAA